AUGGCAGGGUCUAACAGCGACGUUCAGCUCGACAGGACGACAUUCACCCUGAAGACGCAGUAUGAAAUUUACUUUAUUAUUCUGCAGAAGGAAAAGUGUGCCUUCAUUCCGAGUCUGAUUCUUGCUCUACAACACUGCAUCAAGCCAGACGAGAACCAAGUCAUUGAAGCCAUGGAGGUGUUGACUGAGGAGAUGGAGGAGAUUGCAGUGUCCAUCAUUGUUCCCCACAUCGCAGACAUUGUCCGCUUCUGCCUGGAGGUGGGCAGUGACACCACGCUGAGUGACUCUCUGCGAGUGAAAGCGCUCUCCUGCAUCACCUUCCUCAUCAAGCUGAAAAGUGAUUCGGUGUUGAAGCUGAAGCUACUAAAUCCCAUCCUGCAGACCAUUUUCCCCAUUCUGACUGCAGCGCCCCCGCCUGGCGAACAAGACCCAGAGGACGAAGAAUACGAUGUUGGCCAUCCCAAUUACAGCGAUAACCCCAAACACGGCGCGGCUCAGAUGAUUGACACUAUGGCGCUCCAUAUGCCUUCAGACAAACUGUUUCUUCAACUUCUACCCCUCACUCAGGCCUGCCUUAGCAGUGAGAACCCUUAUCAAAAGGCGGGCGGUCUCAUGUGUCUCGCUGUGCUGGCUAAUGGGUGUGCAGAAUACAUAUGCUCCAUGAUGCUGUCAUGGAUGCUGUUGACUGUCUGCCAGAGUCUGUCAGACAGCAAUAGGGUGGUGCGCAGCGCCGCCCUUUUUGCUCUCUGGCAGUUCUAUGAAUAUUUGCAGCCUGAAGUGAGCAAGUACUGUGCAGUGUUGAUGCCUUUGCUUCUGGGAUACCUCACGUCCCUGAACAAAGCCAAGAUCGGUUCCGUCACAAAGGCGUUUUAUGUUCUGGAAAACUUUAUGGAGAACCUGGGAUCUGAUGUUGAGCCCUACCUCCCCACCCUGAUGGAGACCAUGUUGUCUGCCCUCAGGAAUGCAGAAGACCUGAAAAUCAAAGAGCUGGCCGUGUCGGCUAUAGGUGCUUUAGCUAAUGCAGCCAAGGAGUUGCUGGUUCCCUAUUUCCCUCCAGUGAUCGAAAGCCUGAAAGGUUUUCUCAUCGCCACCACAGAGGAGAUGAGGCAUCUGCAAAAUCAGUCCCUCGACAUGCUAACUGCACUGAUCCCCAAGAUCAGCAAGGAAGACUCCAGUCCUCUCGCUGAAGAAUGUAUUCAACUCAGCCUCAACCUCACCCACACAAUCAAUGAUAUUGACCUGCGACGAUACACGUUUUGUCUGUAUUCAGCUGUCUCCACCGUCUCGCCCGAAAGCCUGAUCCCCCACCUCACUGCCAUAACAACUGUGAUGCAGCUCGCUCUGAAGUCUAAUGAAGGCAUCACGGCCCACCUCGACGAAGAUAAGACCUUCGUCCUGCUCGACGACGACGAUUACGGCAACAACGCAGGAGGAAAAACCAAAGAGGACUUUUUGGAAGACGACUUGGAGAAUGACAUCCAUGAGAUCGCAGGGCUCAGCGUGGAAAACGCCUACAUUGAUGAGAAGAAGGAAAUCUGUGAAGCCCUGGGAAAGAUCGCCUUAAGCACAGGCGUCGCCUUCCAGCCUUUCCUGGAGUCCAGCUUCCAGCAGGUGUUUGAGAUGAGAGAUUUUCCCCACAAGGACGUUCGCAGGGCAGCACUGGGCGCUCUGGGUCAGUUCUGUGAGACUCAGCACAAAGUCUGGACUGAGAAUCGCACUGAGACCAACCACCAGGCCUUGUUGAAGUUGCUGGACAUGGUAAUACCGUGCUUUGUGGAGACGGUGCGGAUGGACCGGGAGCGGUCCAUCGUCUUAGUCGUCCUGGAAGCCAUGGAUGCCGUGAUCGAGUCCUGCAAGGAGGAAGUGUUCAGAAACCCUUCACACCUCAAGGAGAUCAGCAACGUCUUCCGAGACGUGCUGAAGAAAAAGACUGCUUGCCAAGACAGUAGCACCGACGAAGUUGAUGAUGAAGAGCAACAGGCAGAGUUUGAUGAUUUGCUCCAGUUUUAUGCAGGAGAAGGGAUUCUCCUGGUGACCUCCAGCGUUCCUGCAGACAAGUUUGCUCCUUACCUUAACGAUCUACUGCUUAUCAUCAUGAGCAAAUCUUUUCCCCACGAGGACGUUCGCAGGGCAGCACUGGGCGCUCUGCGUCAGUUCUGUCAGGCUCAGCACAAAGUCUGGACUGAGAAUCGCACUGAGACCAACCACCAGGCCUUGUUGAAGUUGCUCGACGUGGUUCUUCUGUGCUUUGUGGAGACGGUGCGGAUGGACCGGGAGCGGUCCAUCGUCUUAGACGUCCUGAAAGCCAUGAACGUCGUGAUCGAGUCCUGCAAGGAGGAAGUGUUCAGAAACCCUUCACACCUCAAGGAGAUCAGCAACGUCUUCCGAGACGUGCUGAAGAAAAAGACUGCUUGCCAAGACAGUAGCACCGACGAAGUUGAUGAUGAAGAGCAACAGGCAGAGUUUGAUGAUUUGCUCCAGUUUUAUGCAGGAGAAGGGAUUCUCCUGGUGACCUCCAGCGUUCCUGCAGACAAGUUUGCUCCUUACCUUAACGAUCUACUGCUUAUCAUCAUGAGCAAAUCUAUAUCGUCCAGAACGUGUAGACACUUCUCUUCUGCGAUGAUGAUUGUAGAAAUCUUCCACAAUCUGAAGAUGUUGUCAGGAGGUCGGGAGGUGGCGGGCCAACUGUGGAAUGGCCUGCUUCCCGUUCUGGUCGCCGGAGUGAAGGACAGCGACGCCGAGGUCCGCAGCAAUAGCGUGUUCGGGCUGGGAUGCCUGGCUCAAGCCGCCAGACCGCUCGCCGUGUCAGACUAUCCCAUGAUGCUGUCCUUGUUUUCAAACAUGCUGGGCAAGGAGUCCGACCUCCGAGUGAUCGACAACCUGUGUGCUGCCCUCUGCAGGAUGAUCAUGAGCGACAUGGACGCCGUCCCUCUGGAGCAGGUUGUAGCUGCUCUGGUGACACAUCUUCCACUUGAAGAAGAUCAGGAGGAGAACGAGACGGUGUUUAACUGCCUGACGAUGCUCUACCAUCUCAAACCUGUCCUGGUGGUGAAGUUAAUCAAGCCCAUUGUUGCUGCUUCCAGUCACAUCAUUGGCCACAAGGAUGUUGAUGAAGAAACCCAGAGCACCGUGGUUUCGCUGAUGAAAGAAUUGGCCCAGAAGCAUGGUGCAGAGUUCCAAGCAGCGGCGGCCUCCCUCCCCGCAGAGCAGCAAGCCAAACUCGGCGCUGCCGUCACCUCCUCGUAGCCCCAACACGUUCCUCGUCUUCGCUUCAAACAGUAAAACAGUCUGACAGGACAACGAAUGUUGCACUGUAGGAGGGGAAGGGGGACGUUUGUCUGUUUGACAUAAAUAUAGCACUUCAGCCACUCUACUGGUUUUACUGUAUUCAUAAGUUCUUUGUCUCCCAGUCUCUUGUGUUAAACGGUUCAAAGUUCAUUCGGUAUUUAGAAGUUCUGUUUAACAUUCUCUUUGAGUUCUGGUUUUUGUUGAUCUUGUAAAAUUAUCAUUUUCAAUCAAACAACAAGAAAGUUUAGUUUCCCCCGACUUGUAUGAGGUAAGGAGUUUAGAUUACUGAUUAAUUUCCUGAUAAGUUCACCAGUUUCCGUUCUCUACUCAGUUAAGUGCCUAUUUUUUCAUUAUCUUAUGCAAAGUAGAGACUGUUAGAGACUGCCUCAUACAGAGAUCUCUUUGUAGUUUUACACCGUUAGUGGUCUAAGACCACCUCACAAACUAGAAUUCACUCAAAGAAAUCUGACUGUUUUCUGAUUUAAACGGUUAUUAUUGCUCAGUAAGUUAUCCUGUCAGUAUACGCUGCACAUCUCCCAUCUUAUGGUCCUACGUGUUGCAGAAAGUAUAAAACAAAAAUAAAACAGUUGCACAAAAGCUACCGUAUUGCAACUUUCAUAUCUGGUCAACUUUGUAGUUACGUGAUGUUUAAAAUUGAAAAUGCAUUUAAAAAAAAAAAAAA